GUGUGGUUCCAGAACAGGCGCAUGAAGGAUAAAAGGCAGCGUCUUGCCAUGUCCUGGCCUCACCCGGCAGACCCCAGCUUCUACACGUACAUGAUGACGCACGCGGCCGCAACGGGGAGCCUGCCGUACCCCUUCCACUCGCACAUGCCCCUGCACUACUACCCGCACGUCGGCGUCACGGCGGCGGCGGCGGCGGCCGCGGCCACCGGCGCCGCCUCGUCCCCCUUCGCCACGUCCAUCCGGCCCCUCGACACCUUCCGGGCCCUCUCCCACCCGUACUCCCGGCCGGAGCUCCUGUGCAGCUUCAGACACCCCGGACUGUACCAGUCGCCCGCGGGGCUGAACAGCUCCGCGGCGGCCGCGGCUGCCGCMGCGGCGGCGGCGGCGGCGGCGAGCGCGCCCUCGGCCUCCGGGCCCUGCUCGUGCCUCAGCUGCCACAGCAGCAGCCAGGCGGCCGGCGCGCUGGGCUCCAGGAGCUCGGGGGCUGACUUUACCUGCACGGCGUCCGCGCAAAGGUCCGAGAGCGGAUUUCUGCCGUACUCCGCCGCCGUMCUCAGCAAGACGUCAGUCCCGUCUCCAGACCAGAGGGAGGAAACUCCGCUCAACAGAUAACUCCGUCAGCACAGGGCGACCCGCUUUCUUUAAGGUCGCUCUUUUCAAGGGGGGGAAAAGCCACUUUUAAAUACCACACAUGGGCAAAGCAUUAACAAACACACUAUAAUUAAUUUUGAAGCAGAAGGACUUUGUUUUUAACAGAAAAAAAGAAAAGAAAAGCGGGGAACACAGCACAUUUUGCAAACUCAUAAACAAUUUUUUCUAAAGGCUCGUGCUUGUGUUGUGCGACUAGACCAGUUUGAAAAAAUAAAAAACUAAGAUCUGAAUCAAUUAAAAUCUACUGUGAAUAUUUCUGCGGUGUAGUCGUCCACUGUAAACCUCACCUAGUUAUUUUUUUAAGUUUUAACCUAAUUUUCUAAAUUUAGUCAACUGAAAGUGUGCUCCUUUUUUUGGUCCAACAUAUCUUUCUUCACUAAAGGCUUUAAUAAGACAGAGAAUUUGGCAGAAAUAGCUCCCCCCCCCCACCACCACCACCACCACCAACACCAACACCACCACCUCAGCUCUGUGGGGACCUCCCUAAUCAGCCAGAAGGUGCAGAAGACAUUUCUACACCGCGUCUUCUUGUGUCAAUUUUUCUGUUAAUAAUGAGAGGAUCAUGACAAAAAUUGCCAAUCAUGCACCUAGAUGGAGCUCCUUUGAAUCCAACGACUUGUACCGGAAAGAUCCUUUGUUUUGAGACCCGCUGUCAUGUGCUAACAACCCGCGGAGGGAAGUCAUUAGACAUACAAAAGAGCUGGAAACAAAGCGACGCUCCUGGCACCCAGAACGCACUCUAAGAGGACACAGGCUGACACAUGGAGGCUUUAAAAUGUUACAUUUAAAGGAGCCCCCCCGAAAAUAUAUUAAUAUUAUUUCAGAAAAGGGAGGAGAAAACAGCAGGCCCUGUUUUAUUUACAUUGCCGAACCUCAUUAUGUCAAUCCAUUAUUUUCAUUUUCUUUAGAACCUUCACUCAGCACAUACAGUGAUGGGACAAAGCGCAGAAAAAAAUAGUCCCUGAAAUCUGUUGCCUAUUUGGGACAUGAUCAAUAUCCAGAAACAACUGUAAAAAGGAAUUGUGCAAAUUUUACAAUUAGUCCUACUGAGAUCUGGAGUAAAAACAAUUGCACAGUAAAAAUAAAUGUAAAUGGGCAAAUUUUCAAACUUUUUAUUUUAUUAUUAUUAUUAUUUUAUAGUUUUAUUUUGUGUGACUUGGUGAAUGUUUUUAAUGUUUAAACACUGGAUGUGAACACACCAGACCCUUUUUUUUACACAGCUGAUUGGCAAUUUUCUGAGCUGUCUUUGGAGUGAAAUUGGAAAAAAAAACUGGAGAUGGAGGAAAAAAACAAACAUUUUUAACAGAGUUCUUUUUUUUUCAGGCUGACAAACUGAAAUUCUGUGUUAAAACUCUAUAUCUCUGUAUUUAAAAAUAUCCAAUGACUGUAUGAAUUUAAAUAUUUUAACUUGGACAGGAAAAAAAAAGAUAUGUGCAAUAUGAAAUGUAAAUCAUGUUAUUUAUUGAUCGUGUUUGUUCUUGGACAAUAAAUAAAAAAAAACACUCUUUA